GUCAGACGGAAGUUGUUUGGAUUGCGGAAGUGAGCAGAUGCUCUUGAAUGCUGUUGUGCUAGAAGCUUUAGUGAUUUUGUGUACGACUCAGUACAUUAGUCGUGUUUAUUGCUUCAUGUAUGUAGGUCCUUUUGAUCUUCAGUUUCACGCCUCAACCAGCCUGUUUGUCCAGUCUGUCCGGCUGAGCCGUUGCCAUGGGCGAUCACACCGACGUCAGCCUGCCACCGGAGGAGCGAUUCCACGCCCUGACCAAGAAGGGGAGCUUGGUGGAGGUCAACGAUGACGUCCCGCCGCGCCGCUACUUCCGCUCAGGCAUGGAGAUGAUCCGCAUGGCCAGCAUCUACACGGAGGAGGGCAACAUCGAGCGCGCCUUCGUUCUUUACAACAAAUAUAUCACGCUCUUUAUUGAGAAACUUCCCAAGCAUCGGGACUACAAGACUGCAAAUAUUCCUGAGAAGAAGGACACAGUAAAGGUGCCCACACUGUGUUCUGUGAACCCGAUUGGUUCAGAGGACAGUUGCAGCUUAGCAUGUCACCUCUUUCUGAUUCCUCUGCAGAAACUCAAAGAAGUUGCAUUUCCACAAGCAGAGGUUCUUAAAAAAGCUCUUUUGAGGAGAUUUGAACAAGAAUAUGCAGAAUAUCUUGUCAAAAAGAAAGCGGAGGAGGCAGCCAUGGCGCAGGAACAGUCCAAGCGGCGUGCGCUGGACGCCGAACGGGAGCGCGUGGCGGAGAUGCAGCGGCGGCAGCGGGAGCAGGAGCAGUUCAGUGCCUUUGAGGAGAUGAUCCGCCGCCAGGAAUUGGAGAAGGAGCGCCAGCGAGUGCUCCUAGAGUUUGCCACACCAGCCACGCCCCCUGCGGACACGCCCCUCCUUCCAGGCAUCCAGGGUCCACCGCUGAGCCCGGGGUACAUAUCCGGCGGCAACGACUAUCAGCAUACUCGGCCGUCUGCACCCAUCGGCUCACCCAUCGGCUCACCCACGGCCGGUCCGCCCAGCUUCGACCGCUCGCUCAAGCCGGGUUCGCUGGUCAGCCCAGGAAACAAUUCGAUGGUGGAUGCCCUUCGGCAGCUGGCUGUUCCUGCCGAGCUUUGCCGGAGCUUCCUGAGGCUGGCUGAGGCCAACACCAGCAGAGCCAUAGAAACCUGUGGCAUCCUGUGUGGGAAGCUGACCAGAAACGCAUUCACUGUGACCCACGUGAUUGUCCCGAAGCAGUGUGGCGGGCCGGACUACUGUGACACGGAAAACGAGGAGGAACUUUUCCUCGUACAGGACCAGUAUGACCUCAUCACUCUGGGAUGGAUACACACUCACCCGACGCAGACGGCCUUCCUGUCCAGCGUGGACCUCCACACCCACUGCUCCUACCAGAUCAUGCUGCCUGAGGCCGUCGCCAUCGUCUGCUCGCCUAAGUUUAACGAAAUCGGUUACUUCCGGCUCACGGAUCGAGGAGUAGAUGAGAUCUCCACGUGUAGACAGAAAGGUUUCCACCCUCACAGCAAAGAACCGCCUUUAUUCACGCACGCAGGACACGUCACCAUCACCGAAGGCUCCGUGUCCAUGAUGGAUCUGCGGUGAUGUUCUCAUCACAACACUCAAGACUGUUUUAUCAACCUGAGGCUGAUUUACUGGAGAAAAACAAACUCGUUUCAUUUUCAGAACGGUACUGAGACGCCGCCGCCCACAAGUUUACCGUUAGAUUGGACUGGAUUUGUUCUGGAGAGGAACAAAGUUGGAAAGAAGAGAAAAUCCACUUUAUUUCUGUUGUUGCACUUUCCAAGCAGCGAUCCACCUGGACGUUCCACCCUCGUGCUCCUCGCUCUGGUUCUGUCUCCGUGUGUUUUCCCGCUCAGAUUUUUGUUUCAGCCCCAAACAGCUAAAGGUCCGCUAGCUCCACUCUUCACAUGGAACGGAUGAAGUGUCAAGGAUGGGAACAUUUACCUGUUGAGUUUUUCAUUGUGCAAUACCAAUCCUCGUGUGAAGCCAGGAGUUGUUUCAAGCUGAUGAGAUGCAAGCCAGCAGUAACUCAGGAACUCGGGCUGUACCGCCGCCGCCGCUGCUCUGUAGCGUUGCUUCUACGUCUCACCACUCCACAACACCUGGUCAUGGCUUUUGUUUAAACUUCAUUUCUUGUUUAGUUAUGAAACGACUUGUUAAACUUCCUCAACUCCUUGUCGUUAGUGUUUUAGGGGAAACGGGGUUAGGACCUGUACAGUUCUGAAUGUACCUACGUUACGAACCGUCUGAUCCUAGCUCAUGUUGGUCCAUCCUUGAGUUAGCUCCCGUCUCUUCUUAGGACACUUAAAUGAUUAGCCAUAAUUACCAAUUAUACGCCACGAUGAAAUAAAGUUGUAGAUGAGUUUA